AUGAGUAACCUCCUGCAACGCCUUCUAAAUCAACUGCUGCCAUCGCGCACUACUCAAAAAUCCAUUGAUGUUGUAAAGCAAGUUUCCCCAUCGCUGAGCAAUGCAGAGCUGAUACGCAUACAAUUCGAAAGAGCCACGCGUACCCCAAAGGAGAGAUCGGCUCCAGUUGGGCGUCCCUAUCAAGCAGUGCAUGACAUACAUUCAAGGGACGGACUCAUAUAUCUCUAUCGUUCCUUCUCGGCACUCGGUGUACUCAUGCCUGAUAAGCACAAAAUACUCUACUGUCUGUAUGCCCUUCUGCCACUUGGCCUCAUCACUUUCUACCUACCAAUUUCUUUUGCACUUUCGUACUUUUACCUCGACUACUCAACCGUUAAGAUCGGCAACUUACUCACUUCGGUACAGGUGUUCAUUGCCUCUAUCGUGGGUGGCGUUAAAUUGAUAGUCAUGGCAUUUAAGUUACCAAAACUACGUGCCAGCGAAGCUAUUAUGCACCAACUAGAUGCGCGCUGUAAGGAUGAGGAUGAAAUUGAAGUGUUGCGCAAGGUUGUGCGCCAGGGCAAUCGGGUUUUCGUACUUGUCUUAAUUUGUAAUUUAAUUUAUUCGACAAGCACCUUCUUAGCUGCCGCCUCCAAAGGUCGGCCACCAUAUAAUCUUUAUAAUCCAGUUGUGGAUUGGCGCAAAUCCAAGGGAGCGUUCUUAUGGGCUGCACUAUGGGAAUUCAUCUUGAUGGAUGGUCUGUGCACUGAAGAGGCUAUAACCGAUUCGUAUGCGCCAAUUUUUGUAUGUAUAAUGCGCGCACAUAUGAAGACACUUUUGAUGCGCAUACAGAAAUUGGGCUCAAAUCCGGAGCGUACGUUGGAUGAAAACUAUGAAGAUUUAAAAAUGUGUAUUAAGGAUCACAAGCUAUUGUUGGAGCUCUUCGACGUCGUACAUCCCAUCAUCUCGACCACGUAUUUCUUGCAAUUCAUGACCACUUCACUGAUGGUUGGCUGCACGUUACUCAAUAUAAUGAUUUUUGCAGUGGACAACUUAGCGCGCGUCGGCCAUUUAGCCUACGUUAUGGCGCUCCUAAUGGAGGUCUAUCCCUUGUGCUAUUACGGACAAAGUCUACUGGACGACAGCAAUCGUUUGGCCAACACCAUUUUCCAUGCCAAUUGGAUAAAGCAGAACGAGAAGUUUCGUAAAAUGUUGGUAGUCUUUACGCAACACACACAAAAACCAAUGGAGCUGUUAGCCGGCAAAACUUAA